AAGGGUAAGGGGCCCGUAAAAUCUGGGGGGGGGGGGAAGACGAGGUGACUUCUAACGAAACAACUACAACUUCAUCCGAUUCUGUCCUCGAUAGGGUUGCAGCCUCCGCGAUUGGCCUUGCACGAAGUGCAUUUGGUGCAACGGAUAGCAAUGUAAUCAACGAUUCCGCCGCAGCAGCAUUAGCCACUUCGGGGAAGGGACAGGGCCAGCCGUCAAGUUCUGGCCAUGGCUCUGUUUGGGCCGAGAGCUCUCAGACCUCCCGACAACAGCCCUCGCACGGUGCCCAGCAGCCAGGCCCACAGGCUUUCCGGAGUUCACACCAAGAACAACACACUGCAUCUGCUGAGGCGGAGUUCUCGUCCUUUCUCGACGGAAUAGAUGCUUUUGGACCGUCUACUGAAGAUGGGACAAGGCCAGUGUUGGACGAAGAGGAUACCAGGUCUUUUGGCAGGGCACCAACGGCGCAAGUUUCAGGUCAGAAUUCAGAACCAUACCAAUUUCGCAGCGUCGAAGAACAAGAAAGUCAUGAUGGAGAGGCAGUGUUGGACAUACUAUCCGAAAGGCGGCAAGAGGUUGACUAUUUUGCACCUCAGAACAUCGAAGAUGAGAUAGAGGAAUGGAGGUUGACCGACGAUCAGACCGCAAAAAUCCAGGCCCUUGUCAAGGAACUAUUUCCUUCCUCGGAUAUGCACACUGGUACAGACGUCUCCCACCCACAUAAUCUACAGCCCGAUACGUUCAGAUCUAACGAUAUGAGCACUUGGCUGCCGGAUGAGUAUGCUCAAGAAUCCUACUCUCAUUUUGGGCAAGUUCUACCACAAGAGGAAGCAAGCAGUCUAUGGAUUGAGCAGUGGGAAGGUGUUUUGACGCGGUACGCUGACGACGUUUGGGGUGGGCUGUUGCCGUUGGUGAGAAAGGCCAGAGAGGAAAUUGAGGAGAUCAAACAGGCAGAAGAUCCUAUCGAUCAUCGCCCAAAGGCUCUCAGGAGACUAGGUCAAGUACUUGCUCAUUUUAAAUCGUAGUGUAGAUAUACCAAUAGAAUGCGAUGAAGGUAUUGAGCCA